AUGCAGGCUCCCCGCGUGUAUGGCCUCCAGCUGCGCUGCGCCGUGUUGAAGGCCGAGCAGGCGGCGGUGUUUAAGUUCCCGCUGGCGCCGCUCAGCUGCUCGGGGCUGGGCUCCGCGCUGCUGGCCGCAGGGCCCGGGCUGCCCAGCGUUGCGGGCACGCCGCACCUGCCCCUGGAGCUGCAGCUCCGCGGGAAGCUGGAGGCCCCGGGCGGCGGGGAGCCGGGCACCAAGGCCAAGAAGGGGCGUCGGAGCCGCACCGUGUUCACAGAGCUGCAGCUGAUGGGCCUAGAGAAACGCUUCGAGAAGCAGAAGUACCUCUCCACCCCCGACAGAAUAGAUCUCGCCGAGUCCCUGGGCCUGAGCCAGUUGCAGGUGAAGACUUGGUACCAGAAUCGGAGAAUGAAGUGGAAGAAAAUAGGGAACUUGUUGGACACCAUGAUGCUUUCUGAGGACCUUUCCCAGUGCACAGCUGCUGGAAUGCUCUGGUGCCAUAUGUCCACGUUCAAGCAGCUGCUCACUUUGCUUCGACUGUGCAGUGGCCACCCUGGCUUGUGA